GGCUGGAAGGUCUCUGAAGGACACUGAUGGAGGAGGGAGGAGCUGCCUGGGAGCUCUGGAUCAUCCAGCAGUGCAUGCACGAGACCAGGAAAGACUGGAGAUAAUAGCACAGUGUUCAUCAGUCCUCGUCUUUGAAUCUGCGCCUUCGGUUUGCGCUUCUUUUGUCUUUCUCCAACUCUGAAAGCGUCCGCCUGAAGGUUCUGGUGAAGAAUGCAGAGAGGAGGUGUUUUCUUACGACGCAGUAAAACCAAAACAUAAUCUAUCAUAAUCACUGAAGAGUAAAGAGGAUUCUGAUUUGUAAAGAUAGACAGAAGGAAGUGACAAUGGGACGAAAGAAGAUCCAAAUUACUCGCAUAAUGGAUGAGAGAAACAGACAGGUGACGUUCACGAAGAGGAAGUUUGGUCUGAUGAAGAAGGCGUAUGAGCUCAGUGUUCUGUGUGACUGUGAAAUAGCCCUGAUUAUCUUCAACCGCUCCAAUAAGCUCUUCCAGUACGCCAGCACAGACAUGGACAAGGUCUUGCUCAAGUACACAGAAUACAACGAACCUCAUGAGAGCAGAACCAACUCGGACAUUGUAGAAGUGCUGAACAAGAAGGAGCAAAGAGGUUGUGACAGCCCAGAUCCAGAAGCUUCGUAUGUCCUCACGCCUCACACGGAGGAGAAAUAUCAGAAGAUUAAUGAAGAGUUUGACAAUAUGAUGAGAAAUCACAAACUUCCGGCUGCUCCGGGUCAGCAGAGUUACUCGAUACCGCUGACUUUGCCCGUCACCAACCCCACCACGCUGUCCUACAGCACAAACAGCGCUCUGGACACCCCAGUGUCCCUCAGCGGGACGAACAUGCUGUCUCUGUCCUCCAACAGCCUCCAGAGCAACAACAGCACUGCUGUCAUGGAUGGCAUGCCAGGUUCUUCAGACGUCACUCUUCCAAAUGGUGCACACUCCAGUCAUGUGGCUAAUGGCUUUGUAGGCGGUUCAGAAGGAAACAGUGUGGGAAGAGUAAUUUCUGCUAAAUCUCAAGCGUCGUCUACAUUGGGCCGCAAACCUGAUCUCAGAGUGCUCAUUCCUCCUGUGUGCAAGGGCACUGCUUCUGCACUGCCGCCAGAGGAAGGAGAGGAACAUUUGAGAAUAGACAACUCUCAGUCCAGCCAAUCACUGAGCACACCCAUGGUAUCCGUGGCAACCCCCAGUCUACAUCCCCAGGGCCUUGUGUACUCAGCCAUGACAUCAUCUUUCACUACAGAUUUUGCCUUGAGCGGUACAGAGCCCAGUUCUUUACAUAGCUUCAGUUCACCAGAUGCUGUCACAUCAGGAACAGGGUCUUCAUGGAAACACAGUCAUCACGGCCAGCCAGGCUUCAGUGCCCAGAGCAUCAAAUCAGAGCCCAUCUCCCCUCCCAGAGAGCGUGCCGGUCUCUCGCUGUACCCCACCAUCCACACCAGACCUCGGCCCAGCUCCGGACAAGAAGUGGGCCGCUCCCCCGCUGAGAGCCUCAGUUCUUCCGGUAGUUCAUAUGAAGGUAGCGACCGUGAGGACCAGCGGCUGGACUCUCACCCAGGCACCACUACAUCAGGACAAAGAUCAUCUCCAAAGACAGAGAGCCAGGAAGAUCCCUCAGUCAAACGCAUGCGCACAGACAGCUGGGUAACUUAGAGUGUCUUUUUUCAGAUAUGCAGACUGCUGUUGUGCAACAAACACAAAGUGCUGCUUUAGAAGUGUGCAGAGGUGUCUCUGAAAGGGAAAUACAAAGACACUUAUUGUAAAUGAGUGCGUUUCGUUGUUCGUAUUGUUAUAGGAUAACAAUUUAUAUUGUUAAAAACCUAAGUUAUGAAGUGAAUGACACUGUUUUGUCAAUAGAGGGUUAGCUUUGCUGCAUUAUUUGCAGUGUAUUAUUUCUUGCAAGCCAAAUGUGUUUUUAUCUUUUGUAUUUUUUAUCUGAGUCCUCAAUCAAAGCCAUAUAAAUAUUGAUAGGGAUGCUGUUGUUUAGUGUAUGUAGAGUUUGAUGCCCUAGUGAUCAAUUUUAUCUUUAUUUUUUAUAUUUUUAUGUUAAAACAAAACAAAAUAUGAUUUUAAAAGUUUGAAAUAGAAAACUUAAAAAUUUUCCGUGGAGUGUUUACUUGUCUGUCAAGUUUUAGAUGAACCUCAGGUAUCUGCAUUUCAAUCAUCAACUGGCAGCCAAAUGACACUUUCAGUUCUUUCACAAGGUUUGUGGAGAACAGAUGAUAAAAUGGCCCGAAAAUGGUUGAUUAAUUAGAUUUAUUAAUGUAACCACCUAGCAACGCCUCCGUGGGUGAUAAAAUGAGCUAAUCAUAAACUUGACUCUUGUACUUAAAACCACAAUCCCUCUAUAAGAGAAGACACUAUAAACAUGUCAUUCACAAAUAAUACGUGAAGUAGAUGUUUAAUAUCAUUUAUACAAUGUAUAUACUGUUACUUUAAAAUACCUGAAAACACAAGAAAUAUAUAAGAAGUAUUUAAAUGUCUUUUAUAGUGUUUUUUUAUCCUUUAUUCUGAUUCUGCCGAAUGUGAUGGGAACAGUCGAGCUUAAUAGCCAUUUACUAGUUGUUUUGCGAACAUUAAAAUCACUGUCUCCAAAGAGACGCUUUGGUAUUUUGCUGCUAAUACCAGGUUUUAUUUGACAGCUGUUCCUCUUUACUGACACAGUGUGUUUGUUAGGCCAAUGUCCUCAAAAUCUUCCUUCACGCCAUAUAAAACCAGUUUUCACCGAUGCCAGUGCAAUCCGUGGAACUCUGUUAGUUGUCUCAGUUUGUUCUCAGAUCAAGCUGACCCCUUUGUUGUUUGUACACCAUGAUAAAUGGCAAUAAACAUAUUACUCACUUCUGUUGCUGUCUGUGCGGUUUAACUGCUUUAGAGAUAAAUAAGGUUUCAUCUAAUAAUGAUUAACUGGGUCAUUCACGUCUGUAGAAGGUUGUUUAUGGUAUUUAACAGGAUGUGAAUUCUUUGAUGAUGUUUGAGGUUUUUUUUCCUCAUCACCGCAGAAGUGUGCAGAGUUGACAUUG